CAUGAAGACACUUCCUAGGCCAGUACCAGUAUAAACAGAUUUGUGAGAGUAACUCCCUUUCUGUUGCUAUAAGGAAACAACUGUAUGUCUUGAUACUGACAAUUUCCUUAUCUACUGAAGCCAAAGCUUGCCUCCGCUAAUACUAGGUGUUAUGGGAUACUUAGCAUAUGUGAACAGGAUUAUAACAAGGGUACAGGCUAAUUCAUGCUAUAUAACUGCUAUAUUGACACUUAAUGCUUAAAAUAUAUGUAAGCUAGCCACCAUUUCAAAAACGGAUUGGACAGUUAUAUGACUAACAAGAAUACCCAGAUUUGUCACAGAAUCGUAGACUAUCAGGGUUGGAAGGGACCUCAGGAGGUUAUCUAGUCCUACCCCCUGCUCAAAGCAGGACCAAUCCCCAACUAAAUCAUCUCAGCCAGUUCAUGCUAACAAGUUUUGGAGGAGUUAUUAAACCUCAUGCUUCUUGCCUUAAACCAAUCUCUAACUAUGUGGGAUUAGGAGGUGCCCUAAAGUGAACAGGGAGAGAAUCCUGUAUCUGCCUAGUGCAAGAUUCCUUACACUUUCCUCUGGAAUAUCCAGUACUGCCACUGCUGGAGACAGGGUACAUGGACCAUGGGUCUGAUGCAGUCUGGCAUUACUAUGUGCUCAGUCUGAUUUCCCCUACUUGCCCCUUUCCUCUCAGACUGUGUUCAUGGCAGGUAAUUUUUAAUUUUCUGUGGCAGCUGCCCAAUUUCCCCAUGCUCUGCUGUGCUAGGCAGACCCAUGCCUGCCCUGCUACUGUGCUUUCCGGAUGGCUGCCUACCUGCAAGUGGAUUCGGAGGCACAAGGCUGCAGGGAACGUUGUGCAGCUGGAGCAGCAGCAGAGCUGAAUUUGGAAGCAUUUGUUCUUGUUUAUUUUCCAGUGCCUCCAGAUGUAGGCAAUAAUGUUGCCUGUCUCUUGCCCCACACCCUGUUCGCACGCUGCUCUGUGUCAUGGCUGCAUCUCUCUUAAUGCUCCUUGUACCCAUGAGGGGACACCGCUAGCGACAGGAUAUUUCUGACCUGCUUCCGAACAGCUUAGAGAACAGGAGUAAAACACAGUGCAACCUGUGUGCAGCCAUCAGUGUGUGAAUACGCUGUCCAUGUUGCAGAGAACAUGAGCAGGCCAGCAGCAAACACAGCUGCAGAAUAGGAUACAGAUAAGGUCUUGUGCAACUGGGAGAAGGAAGUGCUGGAGAUAGGGACCACUCCCGCUUGUCAUUUCCUCUUUUCUCCCUGACCAAGUCCUUUUAGACAGAUGUGAAGGUACAAAGUGGGACAGCCAGUGAGUCUGCAGCUACAGAGUCCCCUGCUUACCCUGCUUGGAUUGCUGCUGCUGCUCCAUUGACUUGCAGGCAGGGACAAGGAGUGACAUUCUCCCAGUGAGACCCAGAGAAAAAGCUCCCUGAGAAGACACUUUGAAUGGUUUAUGAGAAGAAAGCAAAAUGGAUGGAAGUCAGUCCUGCACUGAGACUCUCACGGCUUCCAAGAAGAUCUCUCUGCUUUCCUCUCCCAUGCGGGCAGUCAUUCGUCUGCGACGAAAAGUCCAGUUCCUGAAGAAAAGCCACCUGCAUCUGAACCUUCCCAGAGAACAAUCUCCAGAGCGUGUCCAAACUAGGCUUCUUCAAAAGCAGAUUUCCAUGAGCCGAACAAACCUGUAUAACCCUUCAAGGUCCGUCUUUAAUCAAGCCACCUUUGCCAAUUCUCAGUACUUCACCUUUGACACCUCUGUGGACCAGUCAACUCUGAAUAAAUACAAACGGAAGAAGAGCCGCAGGAAGUCCAGGAUGGUGUUGUAUCCAGAAAGCUUCAAAAAGUACCUUCCAGCAGAGCAAAAGAGUAAAGCAAAGCGCUGCCUUCUCUUGCUCACUGGCAUCAUCUGCUUCCAAAUACUAAAUGCUAUUGAGAAUCUGGAUGACAAUCUUCAGAAGUAUGACCUAGAUGGGCUGGAGAAAACCAUGCACCGGGAAGUAUUUGGACAGAAGGUGGCUGUGGACAGAAUUAUGGAAUUGUUGAAAGAAUAUCUGGCCACCCACAUACACAACAAGCCAUUAGUGAUCUCCUUCAAUGGCCCACCUGGGGUCGGAAAGAGCCAUGUUGGAUGGCUGCUGGCUAAACACUUCCGUUCAGUCAUGGACAAUGACUUUGUGCUUCAGUACUUUGUGAUGCACCACUGUCCAAACAAGGAGGCUACUCCUGCUUGCCAAUUGGAUUUGUCUGAGAAGAUUUCUAAGAUGGUCACCAGAGCAGAAAUAGAAGAGAAGAUACCAUUGUUUAUUUUGGAUGAGGUUGAGCUCAUGUCUCCAGUUCUGUUGGAUACACUCAGCAGAUUCUUCCAAUCAAACCAAACCAACGAGUUCCUCAAUGCUAUCUACAUUCUAAUAAGCAACAUAGGGGGCAGUGAAAUCACAACGUUUGUCCUCCAGAAUGUUUCCACUGACCUUCCGCACCUGCAAAGAAAAACAGAAGAACUGCUGUACAUUAUCCAGCCUAUUCUGAUCCACUUCCACCCUCUUUGGAAGUCUGCUGACAUAAUCCCAUUUGCUCUGCUGGAGAAGAGUCAUGUCAUAAACUGCUUCUUGGAGGAGAUGAUGCGGGAAGGGCUAUAUCCUGAUCAGAGCCAUAUUGAGAAUUUAGCUAGCCAGCUCAGCUAUUACACUACAGGAGGCAGGGAGUACGCCAUAACUGGCUGCAAGCAGGUCGGAGCCAAAGUCAAUCUACUGUAGCAGCAACCAUAAUAAGAGGCCAAAUCCUGUUCUCAGCACUUUGCACUCAAUGGAGAUAGCCUGGCUGAACACUGGCAUGACUGACAGCAGAUUUUGGCCCAAGAUGCAUUUCCUCAAGAGGACAGAUAUGAAGCUGUCCCAGUGACCACCUUAUAAGAGGGUUCCAGGAGGCAGAACAGCAGCUGUCACUGCUUCUAAGAUGAGCUCUGUUCUCCUAUUGAUUUAUCGGACUUGAGUCACUGAACUCCCACUGUCCUGCAAAUAAUCCCCUGUUGACUAUGGCCAGGAUAUCUCUCUGAGGCCAGGUCUGAGCCCAGGCACAAGCCAAACCCCCUUGUGUCCACACUGCAAAUGUGCUAGCCGAGGGCUCCAGACCCAAGGUCCUAGGACCCUGCAGGGCUGGAGGAUCCAAGCCCUAUUGCUUUCUUGUGUGCACGCGACCCCGACUUGAGUUGGGUCUGGAAGUCCUCUGGAUGUAUCCCAGAGUUCCCGGCAGCAGAGGAGCAGCUCUGCAGGCAGCCAGUGCAGCAGGUGGAAGCACUAUUUCGGCCUGGCAGAGCAUGAUCCUGCUCCUCUCACAGUAGCUGCUCCGGCUCCUCCUCGCUGCUGCGCGGAGCUUGCCCAGAGCAGGGAGCAAAGCUGACAGGUGGGAGGUGGCUCCCGGGGAUCAUCCCUCUACUGGCCAGGCUGAGCCAGAAGCUCUGCCGCUCGCCCUCUGUGCAGGGCGGAACUUGGUCCUGCUCUGCUCUCUGUGCCCUGCUCCUGGGCCCACCCUGCCCUCCCUGGGGCUGCGUGUGCAGGGACACCCAGGCAGUGUGCACUGUCAGGGUGGUGAGUAGGAGCCAGCCCCCAAAACUUCCCCACAGCCUCCUGGGAAUCCCUUAUCCCUGCCUCCCGGGGUGCGGCAGGAGCCAUGCUUCACCCCAAGUCUUGGCCAUGCACUUCACCGCUCCGCAGCCAGCAGCAACCAGGCUGUGUGGGGAGGGGGCGUGAAGGAGUGUUUUUCCUCUGAUACCUUCAUUUUAGGUCAAACUUCUGUGCCCUGCAGUGAGGAUGCUAGAGCCCUAGGUUUGAGCACGGGUCAGAAAAUCCUUAACCUGGGGUUAAAAUGCAAUGUAGACACUCAAGCCCAGGGUUCCCUGACACAGGUCAGCUGACUCUAGGCCCACUAACCCGAAGCUUACAUUGCUGUGUAGACAGCCUCCAGUUGUAUUAUGACCUCUUUGGUGUCCCUCAUACACACGUGCCCAGGAGUUUAUUCAUUGGUGAUGUGUCAGCAAGUCUAGGAGUUGAGAAUAAAUCCCCCAUUAUAUGUACAUGGUAGGAACAAUUUAAUGUCGGGGAGAUGGGGAGACCUUUGGGGUGACAGUCUCAUCAGCACACUUAGCUGGGUCUCACUUUGUCUUCAAACUCAGAAUCUGCAAUCUCUGCUUUUCCGGGGUCUGGCUGGACCUGGGAUAAAGGCUAACUGGCUUAAGAUCUGUCUAGCCAAGCUAGAGAUGAUGCUGGCAUGUAGGGGAAACAUUUGGAAUAGCUGAUGCAGACUGUGACUGUUACCCACCGAUCUUUGGGGUCAGAAUUAUGCAUUCUUGGGUUCUUUUUCUCCACUGCUGCUCUUGGAUUCCCUGGCAACAGCAGUCUCCUGGAAUAUGUGCUACCAUCUCUGGUUGCCUUAGAAGUCGUAGCCCUUUAUACCUGAUGCACUGUGCCUACGUCACUUCCAGGCUGGAUUCCUGCAAUGCACUUUUCUUGGGACUAUCCUUGAAGACUACUCCAAAGCAUCAGCUAGUGGAGAAUGCAGCUGCCUGCUUGUUACGGUCUUGCUCAUGUGGCCUUUGGUAUAAAUUCUGCUGCUUGUUUGUUUCUGCGUACAAUUCACAGCACUGAUUAUCUAGAGAUCCCUUAAAUGGGAAUUCACAGAUGCAAGGUAAUGUGCAUUUUGAACUGUUGAUGCACAUUGCUGGGUUCAAAAACUACUCCAGAACAAGUGCUGGGCAUCAUGUGAACAGCUCUGUGAAACCUGUACUCACUGUGCAGCAGCUGUCGAAAACAAAAAUAUUAAAUUGCAGGAGGCAUAGGAGAGGAAGCAGCACUGAAAAGUAUUAUAAUGCCAUUGUUCUGGAGUGACAGUCACUUCUCUACUGUUAAAGGUUGCCACCAGCAGCCCUGUUUUAGUCCUGCAGUAACCCUAGCUUGGAAAUCUGAUACAAGCAAAGUUUGAAGGAAAUGUAUACACCUGCCUUGGAGUUCCAGGUCUUUAUAAUAUUCCCCCGAUUGGAAAUAUUGUCUGUUGUCUAACCUAUCUGCAUCUCCGUCUAGCUCAAAAUCAGUUUGUUGCCUUCACACUUCCUGUACAGUUAACUCUCCUUGAACAUUCAUGUGCUGUGGAAGAAUUGAUGAAAAUAGCAUGUAAUUAAGCAAAGGUGUUGGUGAUUUUUUUUAUAGGCCCAAUCCUGUUUGCAUUGAUUUCAUUAGAAUUAUGUGAAUAAUGGAUUUUUUUUACUGGACAUUCUGAAAUAUAUAUCAAAAUUUGGUUUGGAGCUGUAUUUUUUUUAAAUAUUCUAAAAAUAAAAUGGAAGUAAAGUUCAAAAAGAAAAGUCAUUUUGAAUCAAAUCCCCCAAAUAUUUCAUUUGGAAAAUGUCGAAACAAAAUGUUUUGAUUUUUCUUUUGGAGAGGGGCAUCAACUGAAACAAAAUGCAAGGUUUUUAAUUUUUAGGGCUCACUCUCCGGCAGCUGUUCUGAAAAUCUGGAGCAAGCACAGUGGGAACUUUCUGAGAUCCAGCCAUAAUAAUGACUCCCUUUAAAGAAAAAAAGCAGUGGUUUGUGUCUGUCUCCAUCAGCCCUGACAUGACAACAGGCUAUUGCUGCCUGUAGGAGGCACCCCCCAACACAUUGCUGUCUCUGCCACCUCACUCCAUGUCUGUUUUGCCCCAUGGCUUCCCCCCUGCUGCCUCCCGAUGCUCCCCUAGAGCUCAUCCCUGCUGCCCACUACUACACCCCUAUUGGCUCUUGCCCCCUCUCACUGCAUGCCCCUCCCCACAGCCCCAACCUCCAGCUGUUUCAGCCUUCCCUCCAUUGGUACCCGGCCCCCUUCCCUGCUCCCGCUACCCAGCUCCACUGUGUCACUCCUUGAUAGAUCUGCCUGCUACAUUUGCCACCUCAGUGUCUGGCCCUUGCUACCCUUGCAGUACUUGGGCUGCUGCCCUGAUCCCACACAGCACUCUCAGCCACUCCGUGACCUUCUCAUAUUUCCUGGUCCUUCCCCGCCCACCCCCCAUCCCCACUGCUGCCCCUGGCAGCCCCAACACCCAUCACUGCUCCCUCUGAUUCCCUUACCUGCCACUGCUUCUCCUCCACUGAUAGCCCUGCUGCCUCAGUUUCCCCACUGCUCUGCUCCAGCCACCAUUGCCACCUCAGCCUGUAGCCUCAGCACCCCCGCAGCUGGCAUUCUUACCGUUACACACUCCAUUGGGACAACUCCACUCGCUCACCGCUCUUCUCUGUCUCCUCCACCUACGCCUAGCACACCACCCCAUCAUCCUUCCCACUGCUGUAACCCUGGACCCUCUUCUUCUCUGGGCUCUGAGACAUAGCUGUCCAGCCUGGCCUGCAUGCAGAAUGCAGUGCAGCCAAGGUUCACAUCGUAGAUGGAGCGUCAUUUGGUGUUUUUCAUUUGAAUUGUGGAUUUCUUUGUCUUUGUGCAGUUAAGCCCAGAUCCUGGGUUUUUCAGUGUGAAUGCCCUGACCAGGAUACAAUUUAUCUCUUCCCUGCCUCAUUUUCCUAUUAGGUGUUUAGAGGGAGAGCAUGAGUGGCUGGAGCACUGUGAGUCAGGCAACCUCUGUUCUCGUUUAGGUUCUACACAGGGGAAGGCAAACUACAGCCCACAGGCCGCAUCCAGCCUGUCAGACAUUUUAAUCCGCCGGGAGUGGAGUCGGGGGCUUGCCCUACUCCACGCUUGCCGUGCCUCCGCAUGGCUCCCGGAAGUAGUGGCAUGCCCCUGCUCUGGCUCCUAUGCAUAGGGGGAGCCAGGGAGCUCUGCACACUCCUCCGCC